AAGUAGAAGAUGGUUGUCUAUCUAUUGGGGGUGUAACUGAAGGCUCAUUAUCUGAAAUAAAAAGAGUGUAGUAUUAUCGUCGACAAUAAGCGUCUCGACUCCAGCGUCAAAGAGUAACGAAUUGUCUUGAAUAGAAAAAAAUCACAUUCAGUGCUCUAGAAAGAUAGCAGUGCUAUGCGACCUCCCCUCGACCGUGACCCCGGUACCCAGUAAAAGUAGUCCGAGCCCACCAGAAUGUCGUCAGUGACCAGCGUGGACUCACUGGGAACCUUCCACUGGGAUAUGCUGGAGCUAGCAGGUCACCUCCGUCAGGAGCGUCUGUUCGUGCACUCGGAGCAGCAAAACCUUCAGCUGCUGAAUGAAAAAGUGUUAUCACUCUCCUCAGAUCUGGCCCAACAAGCCUGGAUUACCGACCAGCAACGAGUAAAUCUGAAUCGUCUGAUCGUAGCCAGGCCAGACUGUAGUCCAGCCUCGUGUUGCCAACGUUCCAAUACCCUGGAGAGUAGCCACUUCGUCGAUGCCUUUAAACACCUGAGAUACCAAUCCUGUUUGACUUACGGCGACUUUCUCUGCUCCCUGAGAAAAUCACCGAAGCUAUUGGCCUCAUGCCUAGUCGAAGGUGACAAAUUGAUGCCCGAGGGCAUGCAGAGUAUCAUCCAAUCCCUCUCAGGAGGUCUCUAUGGCAGCUGCCUCCUGCCCGAGGACAAACUCUUCGUUCUAAAACUCCUUCGUCACCUGGUGCUCCUCCAGAUCGUUCCCUCCGACAAUCCCAGAAGACUCCUACGUCAUGGCACUUGCGCUUUCUCUCGUUUCUACUCAGUAUUCCACGAGAGCCUCUUCUCUGCUAAGCUCUUCCUCACGGCAGCCCUCCACGGCCCCAUUACCCAGCUCCUCAUGGAGGACGAGGUGUUUCUGGAUAUCGAUCCAGACAAGGCGCCCAUCAGAUUCCCUCCAGUGGAGAGAAUGAAGAAAUUCGGGAAAGAAGGCACACCUGAUUACCAGUCACGUCUCCAACGCUAUCGCCUGUGGACAAUAAAUUCUCUUGUGCGAAUCACUUCUAGAUUUAUUAUCAGUAUUCGAGAAAAUAUGCACUGCUUCCCCACUAGUGUCUGCUGGCUGGUGCGACAAAUGGCAGGACUUCUAACUAAAACUGGAAAUGUUGACCAGAAGGAGGUGCACGCCAUGUGCACAGACCUGGUAUUCACUUAUUUCGUGUGCCCUGCUAUUGUCAAUCCCGAGCCGUACGGCAUCACCGAUACCCCCAUCAGCUAUGUGGCGAGGUUUAACCUGAUGCAAGUGGGACAAAUCCUGCAGAUGUUGUCGCUCAUGAAGUACCAGACGAUUGACUCAAAAGUCAUGGAUUUGUACAAGAGAUUCGAGAAGGACUCAAUCUCGUCAAUAAUUGACUCGAUGCUUGAGGGUAAUGACGAUCUCCACGAGGAGCCCACCAUCCUCGAUAACACGAAGCUCCAGGGGCUGACAAGAUCAGCAGCCCUCUUCACGGAGAGCGAAUUGAAUUCUUUGCUGCAAUUUCUGCAGACUGUGAAUACGAGGAAUAACGAGGAACCAGAGCCUGAGGACUGUCGAAAGAAGCUGGAGGAGAUGAUGACGCAACUGCCAUCUGGUAGUGUGCAGAAGGUGUCUAAUAUAUCGCCAGAGACCCCCAGCAAGCGAGGGGGACUCCUGGGUAAGGUUUCUCAAGGUCGAGGCACCAGGAUAUCUUCCUCCUCGAGUGUUCCAGAUGGCGCUGAGGACACCAACGGAGCGUCAGGUCCAGAGGAAGACCUUCCCGAAAAAUCUCAGGACGUGCUGGUGAUUCCCUUCGGGCCAGUCGUUGGCGAAUCCGUGGGACUCCUCAGCGAGCAGAAAAUCCUCUGCAUGGGCUUGCAGAAUAAUUUGGAGCCAGAAUCUGCACGAUUAAACUCAAAUCUUCGAAAUGGCAACCAGAGACGCGAGAGCACAGACAGAAACGAAACCCAGGAGAAGAGAACGAGAUUUUCGCUGUCACAUGACGAGGUCCUCUUCGAAGGCUCCAUCGGUAAUACCUCGGACAACCUCGAGGCUGUCUCAGAGGCCGCCUCCAAUCACUCAGUGGCAUCUUCCCUGGAGCUGGAGACAGAGGACCAGAACGACAAUCUUUCGGAUAUGGUGUCGGCUAACGUCUCAGGUAGAGGAACCCCUAAUAUCUCAGGAAGGGACACCCCCUCCUCCCAAAUAACCGAGGGUGAGGCGAGACCUCUAGAUCUGCCACCCCCCACCAUCUCUACGAAACAGUCUCGAUCAGAAAUCGACGAUAAAUUCUGCAAAUUCGAAAUUAAAAAACUCAUCGAGGGUGAUGAGACAAUUUCCCUGGUCUCAGAUACCUGGUCCACUGAUGUUCUGGCAUCGGAUUCCGAGAUGGUAGAGCAGCAGGAACGCUUUCCCUUUCCCCCUCCACCAGCUGUGGAAGUGCCACAGGUAUUGGCAGUGACGCCAGGGCCUCUGGACGUGAGUGAAACAGCGUCGGAGGCGUGGAGUACAGACGUCCUGGCAAGUGACUCCGAGAGACUUACGGAAGUCGAUACAGAUGAUACAGCCAGUGUGGCUCGUUCUGAUGAUACUGCGAGGUCUGAGGUCGAGGUGGAGAGUCGAGGUGAACCUGAAGGUGGUGAGGAGUCCUCGGAGCCAAAUGGAUUUCAGAUCGAUGGAGCUGGACCCCUCUUCAGGCCCAUCAGAGAGGACCCCAUUGGGAGGGCAGCUCCCGUAUCGGGGAAUGUCACUGGACGUGGAGGCACUCGCUCGGAUUAUCGGAGGAGCACCAUGGAGUAUGUUGAUAAUAAUGCCAAUAACAUAAGUAAUUUAGAAUAUGGCAAAUCUGUGAAUGAAGAUGGACUCGUGGGGCUCAUCGAGAACCUGCAGAUCGAUGGCUGCAAGAGUAAUGAGAGUCAAGGAUGCAAUUCCAGAGAUAAACCAUUGACUGUCAAUGGGGAAGCCAAGCACGAUGAUUCUGAACUAAUGGGUAGACUGAGCACGGCUAGUCUCGCCUCCAGCAGCUCUGGCUCUGCUUCUAGUUCAGAUAAGCCUAAGAAUGCCACGUCAACACCUGAUGUUACUCCUCGAGUGACUGCAACUUCUGAGAAUAAUCCUGAGGGGAAUGGAAUAAAACCUAAUAUAUCAACUGGUGCUAUCCCAAAGAGCAUCAGCUUCGAUAUGACAGCUACACGAGGGGAUAAGGAGCUGCUGGAUGAGGACCAGAAGAACAAGCGUGGAUUCUUCAGUAAAUUCAAAUUCAUGAGGAAUCGAAGGGGAAAAUCACCCCGAGGGGAUGAUUUGGCCAGGUGCUAUGACGAGACUGAUGGCGAGGGCAGACACAGACUCAGAAGAAUCAUGUCUGAGGAUACGUCGAAUUCUCAUGGUGACAGCACUGAGGAUAUUCUUGCUAAAUACAGGAGAAAACCCAGUGCCACCAGUGAUACAGCAUCUGUGGAGAGCAAUCAGUCAAGGGCGAAAGAAGCUGAGGACGAACGAUUGAUGAUUGAUGUUAAUAAUGUUGAGCUGUCGUUUGCAUUUGCAGAUGCUAAACGCAAGUUGAGAAUGGUAUUGAGCACUGCUGAUCUACAGCAUAUUCCAUGGAGUGUAUCCUCGGAGAGAAAUCCUUGGGGCCAAAAGGAGAACGAACUCGUGGCUUUUCUACAGAUGCAAUUGGCUGAGGCUAUCAAUCUUCAGGACAGGGCACUCAUCGCUCAUCUCCAUGAGACUCUUAGGUGUGUCAGGCUGUUCAAUGAUGACGCUUGCAGGAAGCUCUUCAAAUCGCUCAAGGAGGACUACCAGAAACGAUCUCCUUAUAUCGCAUAUUUGAUAAGGUGCAGACAGGGAUUACUGUCCACUCUUGCCCAUCUCGAGAGACUUGGGGAGAGGGUUAAAUGCGAUCGAGAGGCUGUGAAUAGUCAUCUUGUGGCUGUUUGCGUGAGGGUUUUCAUCGAGAAGAGAGAGCAUCAGGUGCUGAGGUUCUGCGAUGAAUUUCAAAAGCUCAAGGUUGCUGAUGAGAAGCAGGACCUUGUCGAUCAUUUUUUGGGGAAGAUCAAUUCUGAGAUGGAGAGUGAUCCCAUAUGGCAGGCUGCUAGUGAAGUUCAGCUGGAAAUGGCUAGGGUUGUUGUUGAGAGGACUCUCAUGGCCAGAGUCUAUCAUAAUGCACUUUAUCCUAAUGGGGAUGGCGAUGUUUAUAGGGAUCAGCUCUUUCAGGAUCAUAUCAAGAAAUUGGCCAAAGUUGUCACACCGAAUCAUAAGGAUCUCAGGAUACCUAAGGUUUAUCAUUAUGAAUGCCCCUGGCCCUGGGCACAGGCUGAGCUUGCUGUCAUAUCUGCGUAUAAGACACCUAGGGAUAAACUCCAGUGUGUAUUCAGGUGUGCUACCACCAUUAUGAAUCUGCUUUCUAUGGCUUCUGAGAGGGGCAUCCCUGCUGCUGAUGAUCUUAUUCCUGUUCUGGUUUAUGUCAUCAUUAAGGCAAAUCCACCGUCGUUACUGUCAACAGUGCAGUACGUUGACAGUUUUUAUGGAAAUCGUCUCGAGGGUGAAGAACAAUACUGGUGGACUCAAUUCUGCUCGGCAAUUGAAUUCAUCAAGACCAUGGAUUAAUGACUCUUCUCUGUAAUCUUUACAUAAUGUACAGGAUAUAAUUAGCUGAUUUAUUUGUGUUUCGAUAUCGAGGGGGGAGUAUACGGUGUGAGUUAACGUCAGUGCCAUGGAUUGACAAUACGACUUUACACGGAUGUUCGAGAGAUUGAUUCUUUUUGCUAUUCUACAUCAAUUAGCCCUCGAGUGGGUGUUGUACAAUUCUUCAUAUUAUGGAUUAAUCGUGUUGGGAUUUUUGGGUGCGAGGAAUCGAAGUUCAAGGCUUUAUUUUCCAUCGCAAACAUGGAAUACAGGUUUAUUAAUUAUAAUUAUCGAUUCUACUUGUGGGAUUUUUUAAUGAGAGCUUAAUAGUAACAAUGGGAUAAAAUGCUUUGAGUUGAUAACAACUCGGAAUCUGUCUGAGAUAGUCAUAAUUGUGUGAAGACUUUUUUUCCAGACUGAAACGAGAUCUAUAAAAAAGUUCUUAUGAAUAUUCACCUGUCUCUGACAGAUUUCGGAAUAUUUUCGGUAUUUGCACGGGUCUUGGAAAAACUCCGUUAAUUGAGAAAUUUGAAUCGAUUGACCUUUUCAUUAUUGAAAUUCAGAUAAAGUAAUUCAAUAGGAGAAUGAUGAGUAGAGAAGUAAAUUUAAAUUUAUUUGAAUUAAAUUCCUGGAUUAGUAAUUUAUUUAGGAGAAACUGUAACUGUGAAAUUUGACUUAUCUUAUUUUAUCACUUCGUUAUUUUUACGAGUUACACGAGUUUUUCUCUGACCCAUCGGGGGAAGUCCUUGGAUUAAACUAACCACCGAAUGGUCUCGGUCUUGAUUAAUUAGAGCUACGCGCACACCAGGGUUUGAGAUUUCUACGAUAAAAGGGUUUAAGAGGAGAAAAUACUCUGCAUUGUUAUAAUUACUACGAAUAUUUGCGCAUAAUGACAUCAUCGCAAAAUAUUUUGCAAUAUGAAAUAUAGUGAAUAUGUAUACAUAUAUAUUUUUUUAGUCGACGAAUAUAUGCAAUAUCUUUGAAAUAUCAUAUAUUGUAGGAUAUGCACAGUAAAAAAAGGGGAGCACAACUGGAGGACAUGGGCAUGAGACGUUCGAUGUAGAGAUUAUAUACGGCACUUUUGUGAGAUUAGACGUAUGAAAAAAUUGAUAGGACACUUCUUCUAAUUCUUAUUUUAUUAGAGCUUUUAAUAUAAUUCUAUUUAAUCAUCUUUUGCACCAUUUCAAAAUAAUAAAUAAAAAAUUGUGCAAGUCUAUCAUUUUGUUCAGAGAUAUUUCACAAAAAAAGGCGAAAGACUUUUAUUCUUUUCGAUGAAAUCUCUCGGGCGUAAAUGUCUCAAUAUUUUUUAGUUGCAUAUUUAUUGGGUCCAGUAGGAAAAAUCUGAACAGAAUGAGUUAUUGCAGAAAAAUCAACAUUUUCUUUUCUGUAUGAAUAAAUGUAUGUUUAAAAAUGUGGAGAUAGUUUCAAUAAUUUUCAGUAGAAUUAGA